CCCUACGAAUCUAUAUGAGAGAGAAUGAGCGUGCGUAUCGACGCGAGUGCACGAAGGUACGAGCACUUACAGUUAAGUCCGUUAGCCAUGGAUGGAGCUUGUGGGAGACGACCGGAGACGGUGUCGGCUGCGAGAGAGGUGGAGGAAGUUGGCGCCGCCGUGCCGGGUGGCGGAGGAGACGGCGGGGAAGAUCUGGCGACGUUUAUCGGGGAGGGGACAAGCGGCGGAGGGAAGGAGAGAGUCAAAGGACCGUGGUCGCCGGAGGAGGACGCGGUGUUGAGUCAGCUCGUGAGUAAGUUCGGGCCGAGGAACUGGAGCCUGAUCGCGCGCGGAAUUCCUGGUCGGUCUGGCAAGUCUUGUCGUCUCCGUUGGUGUAAUCAGCUCGAUCCAUCGGUGAAACGCAAUUCGUUCACCGAGGAGGAGGAUCAGAAGAUCAUCGAAGCACACGCUACCCAUGGAAACAAAUGGGCAGUGAUCGCUAAGCUUCUCCCUGGUAGAACAGAUAAUGCAAUCAAGAACCACUGGAAUUCUACUCUUAGGCGUCGGUACAUGGAUCUUGAAAAGGCUAAGAAUGGAUCUGGAAACGUGGUUGGAGAUUCUAGCUUUGACAAAACAAAAGUCUCGUCAGAAGAAACUUUAUCUUCAGGCAGUGGUCAUGUUGCUCCACUUGUAUGUUCAGAGGGAAGAGAGACAACCUCCAUGGAAAUGCCCAAGGAACAAUGCAGAGAGAGAACAAACGCAGAAAGCAUUUCUAUGCAGGAAAGCAAUGAGCCUUCAACCCUUUUCCGCCCGGUAGCUCGUAUGAGUGCUUUCAAUGUUUACAAUCACAUGGCGGGCUGCUCCAAAACUGCAUCUUCUGAAAUGAAUGGACAAGAUCAAAUGGAAGCAUCUAAACAGGAAAAUACGGAAUUGAGAUUGUCUGAAGGAGCUUAUAACGAGCAUUUUGUGCCUCAGCAAUGUGGACAUGGAUGUUGCAGCAAACCCUUGGAUAUUCACCCCCCUCGAAACUCGCUGCUGGGUCCUGAAUUUGUGGACCAGCUGGAACCGGAAGGCUUCCCGAGCUAUGAUCUGGUGGCAAUAGCAACGGAUAUAAGCAGGCUGGCAUGGCUGAGGAGUGGAUUGGAGAAUAGCAGCGUGAGGGUAAUGGAGGAAGCUGUGAAUAGGCUAGCCCCGCAAGGUUCUGGGGGACAUCUUGGUCGAGCAGAUCAUCAUCAUCACCAUUCUCAUCAUCAUCUCAUAUCGGACAGGGGUAAGAAAAUGGCCAAUGUUCUGUCCACAUAACUCCUUAUGGAGAGUUCAAGUUUGGUCUAGGAUCUUCAGAAGUUACAGAGAGAGAGAGUUUCAUGUUAGAGCGAAAUUCAUCAAGAAGCAUGUUUUUUCUUUUGGUUUUUUGGUGCUCUAACAAUACUCUUUGACUAUACUUGAGGACAUUGUGGGAUCUGUAUUUUGAUAAUUUGGAUUAAUAAUAUGAAGUAAUUAGAUAUA